AUGUCGACCACUCGGGUGGGCGAGCGACUGAAGGAGCUGACAGCUUUCCUGGCACACCAGCACGCAGUCGACAGCGUAGAGGAGACAUUCGACCACUUACAGACGGAAAUCAAUGACGCUAUGGGGCGCUCGCGGGCAUCGGCGCAGCAGUGCACGAUCUUGUUGUUCCAGAGCGCGGAACCGCCCAGUUUAUUGAGAUUUCUGAGCGCUAGCGCCGACUUUGCCGAUGACUCCCGCAAACGUGAGAUCUCAGCGGCCAGAGGCAGCGUCCUGGUCCUUUUGGCGUCCUUUUUGAAGUCCUACGGGACCCACCGCGCGCUCUCAAAGCAGCACGUAGUGGACAUGUACAAUACAUGCCAACAGACGGCACGGGCGGAUCCGUUUAAUCGAGUCAAGGCUCAUGCACUGACGGUGGUGAUCAAUAUACUCAAGUACGCUGACAAGAGUGUCGAUAGUGAAGACAUUGAGCCGCGAGCUUACGUGGAAAAGCUGUUUAACGACGUCAAGUUUUCAAAAGCAACACAGACAGCAAAAGGACAGAUGCUGGAGGUCAUUGGCUACUUAGUGGAGAAGUUUCCAGCGGAGGUGGAAAGUUCUGUGCCGUCACUACUGAUCUGGACUGAAGACGCGUUGGAGAAACAGUUUUUGAGCAAUUCGCCCGAGAUGAUGAUGGUUAAUGGACUACUUUUUGCGCUGGCUCGUUUGCUGGAAUGUGAUGCAGAAAGAUAUACGCGAGACGAAGGUCUGCGCAAGAAAAUCUACUCAUAUUUGCUCACAGUGUUUGCAACAACAGUUAGCGGUACUUUAUCUCGCUAUCAGGUAACGAACUCUUCAGAAAUGUUUUUGGUCAAACACGCGCAGAUAUUUCAGCAAGAAAUCGGUCCAAGUGGCCAUUUAUGGUUUUCGUACAUGAAGUGUUGCUGCUUGAGCGAGAACAAGACGAUCAAAAAGCACGCAUUCGAUUGCUCUAGCGCAAUCUUUGAGACCUUAGAUGCAUACCUACUGGAUAUGAUUGAUGACAUGCGCAAGAAAUGCCUGAACAAAAUUUUGAAAGAAGUACUUCCUGUCGUGAGCGAUUCUGCUGCUGGCACAUCAAUUAUGGCAUUCGCAGUGCAGUGCCUUGGUUGGCUUGCUCAAUCGAUCUAUAGUUACCUUGGAGCAAAAAGCUAUGGCAAGAUUGAAGAGAAGCUUAGAACUUUUGGUGAGUCCCUUUUGGCACUGGAUGCGAAAGCGACAGCGCGGAAGUGGCCACUUUUUUCGCAGUAUGUACAAAGCAUUGGGCACUUUGUAAAAGAGCGUCACGAUGUUCCGCUGGACGAAGGUUACGUCAACUUUUUAGGGGAUAUAUUGUGUCAUUUAAUGACAGCUUACCCCCAAUGCCUUUGGAAGUCGAAAGUGAUGGUUCACAAGUCGGUUGCUGCAGUAAUUUCUGCUUUGUCAAGCUGGACGGUGGUUGAUCCUUUGGUUGAUCGCUUUGUCCUCCACACAUUGAUGUUGAGUAUUUCAAACGCCACAGAUCCAGAUCAUACGGUUAUUUAUCAUCCAGAUACGGGAGAGAUAGUGACAAACCUAUUAUACGACUACGAAGGUUUUUGGCUGGCUUUACUUCACUGCCACACAAAAACCCUUGUGGAGCCUACACCAGUUUUAAGUACCAAUGGCAGUGAUGACGUUGAGAUGAAAGAGCCUACGGUAGUUGGGAGGACGCUCCAAGUCGUCCUCGUCGAUUCCACUAUCAAACGUGUUCUUGGCAUCAUCAGUCAGCUCAAUCUUUCCUACCAAUUCGAUCUGCAGCAGAAAACCAACUACGAAAAGAUUACGACCGGGUACUUGCCUAUUGUACCUCGCGACCACACGAUUAUGCUCAACCUAACUGAAUUUUUUGAAAGGGUCGUCGGCAAGUUUCCGAGGUCCUUACUGUUUCCAUGGAUUUCAUUGAUAAUGCAUCAGCUUUUUACUAUUGCAACCAAGCUGCCAUUGGUUUCUUGCUUUUACCGAAUUGGAACUGUAGUUGCUAAGGCAAUGGACGAUUUGAAAUACUUUAAUUCACUGCCGAGCUUAAGUGGGUCUGGCGAUGAUCGACAGUCUCGCUUCCGUGAUGAUUUAACGAAUUUUAUCGAGAGGGUUUGUAUUCAAACACGUUUUUACCAGGAUGAGCUACUUUUGACGUGUGCUGAGUUUGUCUUAACGUCGCCGAUAGGAUUGGUCGCUAUUGAUACUAUGAUUGACAUUGUAAAGUCAAUCCUGGAACUCGGAAGAUCGUACCUUCCUGCUGCCACCAUUGCUGUGAAAGCAUUGGAACGCUGGCAAAAACAGUGUCCGAACAAGCUAGAAGAUGUGAUAUCUAAAGCCGUUCCGCUGCUUUCGACAUAUCUCGAUCAAGAAGGGUUUAGUGAUGAACGAAUUCUGUUGAAUAAACCGAUUGGGAAGAGUGCGACCAGUGUAGACACUGACGAAGCAUCCGAGCUUGGCCAGCUGCAGCGUCGUAUUUUGCUGCUUCUUGGAAAGUAUGGCGGUAAAGUAUCACUCUUAAUAAGCGAGCCUCCUCCCGUUGUUAACAGUAAUGGUAACAUGGGGUGUAUUUCCUCGCCUUUUUUUCGGUUGGAACUUCAGCUGAGUGAGCUUUCACUGUCACUAGCAAUGGGGCCCAUUUUAUCGCAUCUCGGAAACUUAGCAGCCCACAGUUCUGUCCGACGCGUGAAAGUCAAUUCAAGCGAAGGGUAUCAUGCUUUGGUUUGUUAUUUAUGUGGAAAAACAACGACGCAUCCACACGCAGCUGGAAAGAAAAGCGUUUUUUAUGAUAUAUGGUGCGAAGUUUUUACGCGCGUCGUGCGCUUAGCUGCGGACCCAGAAAAAAUUUGCCGGUCUCUUUUUGAGCCAUUACUUUUCCAGCUACUUCGCUGGCUGGCAACAAGUAAAGAUACAUUUCCAUUGGAGUAUGCAAGCAUGUUGGACGAGCUGAUCCAGAGUUUGUCGGACUCUGAAACGGCUGUCCGCACGAUGUCUGCUCGAUGUAUUGCGACACUUCUUUCACUGGCUUCUGAAGAUGCCAUCACGAGGAUAGAGGUCGAUAACUUAUUUGAGCGAGUUUUUUCGUUGUGUCGCCAUCCUGGGGCUAUUCAGCGCAGCGGCGCUGUAUCCACGAUUAGCUAUUUCCUUCGAUCUCUAAACGAAGAAAAUGAGGCGGUUCUGGCACAGUUUGCUUUGCCGUGCCUGAAGACUCUUUUUUAUGCGUUGCGCUUGUGCGAUAGCAAUUCUCGAAACACGAACGGUGGAGUUGAUACAUCGAGAGAUGUGAUUGUGAAAGCUGUGCUGAAGAUUGAACGUGGAAUAACUCGCUUCCCUCAUUUGUUUUUGAAAGGGAGUAAUACAGCACGACAGGAUGGUGACAUAAGCCUUCAGCAAAGAACCAUUUGGCUCUUUCAGCAGACUGGAGCACGUGAGGUCUUGUUUCGUCGGCUUUGCAGACAACUUUUUAUGUCAUUUAGUGUAUUGAUUUGCAAGUCGAGCAUUGAGUGGAUAGAGAGGUAUGCGUCAUCGCACGGAAGAGAAUCUAUUGCCGCUGUGCUGGUACCAAUGAGCUCACUUGCUUUAACGCUUCCUGAUGUUACAAUUGAGUGGAUGGAGCAGUUGUCUGCAUCUAUCGAGAGUUAUGUUUGGUGCGUAGAGUUGCUUGGUGACAAGGCAGAAGACUUGUUUGCGUUUAGUGUGUUGGAACCUAGGCAAGAAAGCGUGAAGCGAAAACAUUCUUCUGGAUCGACAGACCCGCAAGAUGAAAGUUGUCGGCUGACACUUUCAUGGACAAUUGCGACUUUUUUAAAGUAUGAGGGCCCCUGGAAGAAAGUGUCAGAGCGAUCGUGUUGGAUUGGCUCAUAUCUAUCUGUGCUGGUUUCGCUAUGCUGUUGCAUGAAUUCAUCGAUGAAAAACAAUGGUAUCCGAAUGCUUCGGAGAGUUGCAGACGUGGAUAACCAGGUGUUUCAAGCUGGUAUAAUAGAGAAGCUCCUUCUGGCUUUGCUACAUCGCCCAGAUUCGUGGGCUAACGAUGCAAGUACAUUUGAUGAAAUUGAAAAAUUUUGUACUAGUGCCGUUGUGCGCAGUCAGACCUGGGCUCAUCAAAUGCAAGAGACAGCAGAGGCUUUGCUUUCGACUUUGGAACCCUGUCUAGUAAACAUGAACAGCAACAACGAUUUUAUCAAGCAUUCAAAAACUAUCGAAUCCUUAGUUCUUUUUGGAAGCGAGAUUUUAAGUGCUGGAAUUAUCAGCUUUUCUAUGACAGAUAAAUACACGCCAAUGCUGGCUCUGGUAGCAAGCAAAGCAAUGAAAUACGGACACGGAUCGGCGCAGAGCCGACUUAUAGCUGUUGUAGCAUUGAAGGCUGCAGCGGCCUGUGGCUGGAAGAUUACCAACAUCAUUAUGAAUAGUGCUGAUCGACAAUUGUAUGGGCCAGUGUACAGCGACGUGGUUCAAUUCAUUCCUACGCUUGCGGUGUGGAAGAGAUGUGCUAGCGAGCUGGUUUCGCUUUCGCUAGAAAAUGGCUUCGCCGUCAACAUGUUGGUAGAUAUUUUGCUACAAGUGGCUACUUUCAAAGUCUAUCUACCUAAAUCGAUCGAGUGGGAUGCGUUUACUAAGACCUUGGUGGCGAACAUCAAGCAAAUCGUUAAGAAGUUGGAAGCUGCCAAUUUGGACACACAGCAGACCCUUUCUUUGCUACAGGUCCUUCGAUACUUUUUGGAGCUUUGCAAACACUGUUCGGAAAAUUUGAUCGUAGCCGUACGCAUUGGUCCUAUUCCUGAUAUUCAUGGUGCCAUUAUCGAUUUGCUCAAGCAGCAUGGAUGCAGUUAUUUAGUCAAAGCUGAGAUUUUACGGAUGCUGACUUUACUGGGGCCUGCGUCAAGUCUAGUGUCACAUGAGCAACAUACAUUAAAUACGUUAGACGCCCUGGUGGCGUUUGUCUAUGACGAAUUCCCCAUCGUCUCCGUUGAUGUCUUGCGCGGCUCAAAAGAAUUUGGUGUGUUUCGACUACUGUUUUCAGAGCUACUGAGUGUCAUCGAGCAAAGCAAAUCGAUUGCUUACCUUAAAAUCAUUUACCCAAGCUUGAAAGAAGGAACCAAACAUCUCUUUAGUGCAGAAAUCAAACAAAUGCUAGCAAGGUUCUCAAGCUCUAUCGGUAGCAGCAUGCAUCCUGGGGGGACGAAAAACAAUGAGCAAGUAAGAAGUCAGUUGGCAGAGCUCUUGGAUGCGUUGCUGGAUCCCACACUGGAUAUUGCUAUUCGCAAAUCGCUUCUUGAGGGGGUCUUUACGCCCUUGAUUGAGUGUCAGACUGGUGAAGCAUUGCAGCAGUUCUAUUUAAUGGAAAGUCCCAUCAAAAAAUCAAGUAUCAUUAGCUUGCUCGCGACCUUGAUUUCAACCUCGGCUGAGGCUACAUCUGAAGGGAGUCGCAUUGGCGUGUUUGUGGCAUUUUCGCUGGUCGAGAUUUUGUAUCGUCUGAUGGAUCCCGAGGUUAUUCGGACUGAUAUAAAUUCAGCUUUCUUGGGUCACAAAAAUGGCAAGGGUCGGGAGCUUACAAUGCUUGUUUGCAAAUGUGCCAGCAAGGUAGUCACAAAGGCAAACGAAAACGUUGACGAUCUCAUUCGCAUGACAUGUUGUGCCGCUUACAAUUGUCUACUUGUCGCCGUGUCUCGGACUCAAAAACAGGAGAAGUUUUUUGAUCAAAUUUUAUUCCAGCCUGCACUCUGGGGCAAUAUUCUUGAUCUUUCGCGUGAGUACGACCUGCAUGCAGAGACAGAAGAAUUUGCUACAAUACCCUUAACAAGCUUGUCAGCGAUUUCGCUUCAAGCCAAAUUCGACACGAAUUCUGCGACAAACCCCAAGCAACACGCAUUUACUGCACUUCAAUUCUUUACGUCAAGCAGCUUGAGUGUAGGUCUUGACGCGUUAACAGCCUCGGCUGUGACGGCGCCCUUGGAUAUCGAACAGGCGGGAGCAACAUAUGCAAAUGUUGAGAUAGAACUCGAUGCGCUUAAUCAGCACCCUUGCAUGAUUCCAUUGUUGCGCGUAUUGAUGCAGAUGAAAACAGAUUUCGGUUCGGGUUGGGAAGAAAAGGCAAUGCCCGGCUGGAUGAAAAAACUUUUUGGUGUAAUUGUUGACCGGUCAGUGGGUGUAAAUGUGCGUUUGUUCUUGGCGAAGGUGGUGUUGGACGUUCCCGAAGUGUUUAAAAUGUACAGGUCGCCAUGGCUGGGUGCAGUGAUUGAAGCACUACUUGAUGUGAAUGCGUCACGAAAGGUUCCAGAGUUAAACUAUAUCUUGCGUGAUUGCUGCAAUCUCGUGCUAAAUACUUGGAAUGAUGUGUUACCAUCAGCUCUUAAGGACACCCCCUGCCGAUUUGUUAAUGAGCUGAUUAAGCUUUGCCCAGUGCAAAACAAUAUCGUUCGUGACAGUAACGUGCUGCUUGUUACAGAGUUAAUUGCGUUUUGGAAGGAUUCGGCACGUGUCAAUGUGGGUCUUCUGAUUAACUACAUCAACGCUGACGACGAAGGUACAAAGAUGAAAUCUGCAAAACAAUUUACUGCCCUCCAAAUUAUUAGUGCGAUGUUGAAUGCUGGCCUCGCAAAUGAUUUAAGAGGGGAUGAUGAUGAGGAACGUACAAUCGAAGAUGGGAUAUUGCUGGUGAUGAGGAGCAAAGCAACUUCUAUGUACACCCUAGCAGCUGAAGUAGGCGGACUGUACCUACAAUCGAUAGAUUACUCGUUGGGCAAAGACUUUAUGUGUAAACUGAAAAAAUUGGCUGUCAGCUCGUAUGACGCGGAAGACUUCGGGCGUUUCCUUGCUUUACUACGCAAUGCUUCGAUGCAUCAGCCCGAAGUCAUCGAUCCAAUUAUGCUACAACGUUUGUCUUUCGUGCUGCCCAAGGCUAUUUCCGUGGACGCGUGGGCUUUGCUAGCGGCCGAUUCUUUGAGUAGUGCAGCUGCAAAUAAUUGUGUUGCAAAGGAAACAUUUGCUCAUGUUCAGUCCACUCUGGGGCGCUUCAUUGCUCAUCGACACCCUGCUGUACAGCACAGUACUCUUGGAGCUAUUUCUCGUCUUUUGAAUUAUUUAACAUUGCCCGAGCUGGAAAGACUGGUAGCAAAUGGAGAUGAAGGAGGUCUUAGCCUGUUUAAGUAUUAUGAGGAUCAUGAACUUUCAGAAUGCAGAGGGUUACUGUUUACCGUAGCUCAAAAUCUGUACGACAAGGAUCUGUCCGAGCACGUGAAAGCUCGAGUGAGAGCUUCUCUGUUGUGUGGCUUAUGUGAUCCAGAUGAUCAGUGUAGAAAGAAGGCUUUUGAAUACUGGGAUACUUCAGAAAUCAUGGUGAGUUCUUGCAGUGACCGACUCUUAGCACUCUUUGGUUCUUUAUACUCAAAACAGAUUGACGAGAAGUGGGUACUCUACGCUACCAAUUUACUUAUUGGAAUAUCUAAGGGUAGCAGCGAUUUUGAGCAACCGCUGUUUCCAACCACAUUAGGGAGUGGAGAAUACGCAGAAACAAACAUUGAUUCCAGCUGGGACGCAAAAUCGCUAUCAAUGGCGCCACUUUUUUCUGUUGAAGCCGACCAAUUGAGUGCUCACCGCACAAUAGAAUCUAGUACGUUAGCAGAAACUUUGUCAUCGCAAGUUGUAGGCACAAUGCAGUCCCAGUUGUUUCCUUCCAAAUCAGAUAACGCAUCCGUUGGAAAUACACCACAAACUCUCGGAGAACCGGACACAGUACGGCAACGCGCCAGACAAAAACGCUUCUUCAAACGUCAUGCUACUGCAGGUAAUUCCGCAGAGGAAAUUACGUCGACUUAUGACAAGAAAGUGUCAAAGCAUAAUUUUCAUGACCACUAUGCUGUGCUGAAGAAAACCCAAGAAGCUUAUGUCACCCGGGAACGAAGACAACGGCAAGGUCGAGUGUCGCUCAAAAGGAUGUACCGAGUUGGUGAGUUUCCCGAUAUUCAAAUCACACAGCGAGAUUUGGUUGAUCCUAUCAUGGCACUCUGUGAAUCUCACGUCGAGACAGCGAGCUUAGUAUUUGGCGCUAUGUUUUCGGCAAUUGUGACAUCCCCUGAAUUCGAAAAAUCGAGAAACAGCAGUGAGCUAGCGGACCGUCUUGAGAAGACGUUGACUCUAUCUAAAACAUCUUCUGUAUUUGUUGGGUGCGUUGUAUCUGCGUACAUUGCUAGUAUGAUGAGCAGACCAACGCUUUGUGAAAUGGUUCCACUUUCGCCAACAGUUGUUGGGGAAGCAGGUUUGUCAAGUGGAAAAUAUCACCUUAGCGAGCUUGCACUGGAGGAACAGCUGAUUUACAGCAUUCAGCACAACGACAUGAAUCUAAACAGAGGCACAACCGAGGAGUACAAGCUUGCACUCCAAGCGCAACUAUCUGGAGACCUUCCGCUUGCUAUUGCUUCGUACAAAAAGGCAGAAAGCAUCUUGAAUUCGCAAAUAGCAGUUCUGGAUAGUAGCAACUCUCUUCGCGCCCCUGAGACCGAUGCUAUGCGAUGCCGGUGGCAACGGUUACACUGUUUGGAGAUGCUAAACAACUGGGAAGCGCUGCACAAUGAUAUGUCUGAAGCGAUUAAGAAGGACAAUGAAUUUGUGUGGAAGCAGCGCCCACCGUAUUUGGAGCAAGCAGUCGGUCACUUUAUGCGUUCCUGUUUAGGUCUGUUUCAUACAACACAAGCCGACAGUCUAGACGCCAUGACGAGUCUUCAAAACUUCAUUGAAGGAGCUAUGCACGAUUCGACAAAGGUGGAGCUCAUUCAGUCAAAAUUUCCAGUUGAAGUUUGCUUGGCGUACCUGUCAAGUGGUAACAAAAAUCAAGUACGCGUGUACGUGGAAACCUUUUACAGCAACUUUCUCAAACUGUGGAGACAAACCAGUCCGAUGGCGUCGUCAUCGCGCUUGAGAUUAAUACAAUCCUUAUCGUCGAUAGUGGAGAUUGACGAAGUGGUGUUGCGCUUCGAAGACGAUCGAAAAAUCAGCUCAACGAACGAGCAUUACAAUCUUACAAGUUUUAUAAAUGCGUUGAGCAGAAUGCCUCCUACUACCGAAGAGGACGGAAUGCUCCAUUGGACACAGCACAAUAUGGUGCAAGACAGCAUUGCUGGGUUUUUGCUGGACAGUGGACGGAGUCAUGUAGUUCUUUCGGAAGACAUGCGGUUGGCUGUCCUGACAACUAAGAGCAAAGCAAUGCUGCAAUAUGCGAAUGCAGCAAUAUCGUGCAAUAUUUUGGCGCUCGCAUCUAAGAUGCUGAAGAGCUAUCGCGAGCUCUGCAACGUUUAUCAGCUUCCUAAACUUAGCGUGCAGAUGGUUGAGGUAUUUGUUUCACAUGUACUUAAACUGGUCGAUCGCCAAGAACGCCAAUCACACAGAUGUGGCCUAAACCCAAGCUCGCUAAAACUGAUUACAAGAUAUUAUGAUACAGCCACGAAGAUGUUCGACAACGUGGAGAUUAUAGACAUGAUGGAAACAGCAGGCACAAGUGAUCAAGUGGCAAUGGGUUACUUAGAGGCGAAGACUUUUGCGAGUGCCGCGGCGUUUUAUGCCUUCUAUGACGUCGAUGACCACCUAAAGAAAGAAUAUUUCCAUCGAUCUCUUGAUGUGUUCAAGGUUUCCUGCCAGCGUAUUGACGCGGUUUCGAGAAACACACCUGAAGGUAGUGCACCAGUUGCAUUUUUGAGGUGCCGACUAACCUUCAUCGAAUUUAUAAACGAUAUCCUUUUCAAGCCGAAAAUGGAGACGUUAGGAAAGCUUGCUGGGCGGAAAGCAUGGACAAAAUUACUAGUUGAUAAUGUUUUAGGAGGAAUGGCCGCUGGUGAUCGGGAAUGUGCCCACUACUUUCCUCAGAUAUGCGAUUUGAUUGCUCCUUAUCCGGAUAUUGUAGCGGAAUUUGAGGAGUACGUUUUGACGAAGGUCCCCCUAUGGACCUGCCUGCAGUGGUCGGCACAGCUAAUGGCAUUGCUAAAUGGACCGAUCGGGAAAACGAUUGUUACGGUUUUGGAAAAGAUGGCCGAACAAUACCCGGUUGCACUUUUUUAUGACUUCAUGGUAACAUGCAGGUCUUCGCUAAGCAAAUUUAAAGUGGACUUGCAUCGUCUAGAAGUAUUGCUGGCGAAUUCAAUGAUGGAAAGAUUCGUUAUAGCUUUGAGAUUAAUCCACCACCCGGAACUCCGUCUGAAGGAGGGACUGCGAGAGAUUGCAAAGCUCUUGGAACAAAAUCGGACAUCAGAUGCACGCUAUAAGGUAAAGCUUUUGUGGAAUGACUGCUUCUCGCCUAAUUGUCCGCUACUCGGUGACCGGAUCGGCCGAUACAACCGCGACUGGAGCCGGAAAGCUAAAAGGGACGUCGAAAAAAUCAUGGGUAAGGAUGGCUCCAAGAUGACUGCACAAACUGUUGCAUCCGCCCGCGAGUGGAUCAUGAGUCAUUUCGCGGUCUCCCCCGGUCGAUACGGCAUCACCAAGGACAUGAAGGCGCAUCUUGGAGACUUUGCGGAGUGGCUCGAGGAGUUUGACCAUUCGAGCUGCUCUCUAGAACUGCCGGGGCAGUACACUGCCCACUGGGCUCCACCAAUUCCAUCUACACAUAUUCGAAUCUUGAGCUUCGAUUCAAUGCUUGGCGUACUGGCCUCGAAGCAGCUACCUAAGAGACUCAUUUUACACUGCAGCGAUGAGAAGGACUACACGUUCCUUGUCAAAGGAGGUGAAGAUUUACGCCUUGACCAGCGAAUCGAGCAGCUCUUUGGGGUGAUGAACCAAAUACUUGAUACAGAUUCGCGGUGCCGCGCCCAGAAACUUUUUCUUACGACCUACAACGUGAUUCCAAUGACACAAGAAAUCGGUAUUGUCGAAUGGGUAAGCGGUACCUCGACUUUGAAAGGAGUGAUUGAGGCACAGCUGCAGGUUGAUGAACGCUGCACCGACCUCAAGAGCAACAAGAGGCACAAACUGGAGCUAUUCAAUACUACUGCCGCGAAAGCAUACGAGUCUUUUCUUUUGAAACAGCGUGGAUCGAGCUUUAGUGCGAAGGUGGUUGCCCCUUGCUCAAAAGACGUGGUGGAUCAGUUUGCAAAAGUCCAAGCGAUGAUUCCGGCGGACUUGUUGCGGCGUCAAUUGUUCGGGUUGGGCACGAAAUUCGAAGCCUUCUUGCAGGUUCGGGACAAUUUUUUAAAAUCCUUGUCCGUGUUUAGUGCGUGCUCUUACAUACUGGGCAUUGGAGACCGCCAUCUGGACAAUUUUCUUUUCGAUCUCGCUAGCGGCCGCAUCAUAGGAAUCGAUUUUGGCGUGAGUUUUGGCGCCGGUGCUAGUGUGCUUCCUAUCCCAGAAUUGAUCCCAUUCAGGUACACGAGACAGAUGGACUUUGUGUUUCAGCCGUACGACGGCAAUAAUCUGCUUUCACAGGAGAUGCAGGCAGUAUUUGAGGCGCUGCGCUCCAAGCGACAAGUCGUUGAGAGCGUGAUGAAUGUGUUUCUGCACGAACCGCUGUUGGAUUGGCAACAAUGUACCACAACUCACCAGCAAACCUUAUUUGAGGCUGUAGCAGGUGAUGAUCGAUCCACAUUAGACGAUAGUAGUGAUGUGGACAUAGAGGAAGUGAAAGAACCUUCUUAUGGUCGCGUAAACAAAAAGAUGGCAGCAUCUCCGGCUGAAGGCAACACCGCAACUGCGUGGCUGCCUGAUGUAAAGAUUGCCAUCGCACGAAAGAAGCUGGAAGGCGUGUCACCUGCACUGCUAUUGAAAGAAGAACUAUCACAGAAUCUUCACCUGAAUCAGCACAUUAGUAAGUUUCAUGCACUGGUCGAUGCGGCGAGUAGCAGUCAGGACGAUAUAAACGAGAUGGUAACUAUGAGCUCGCUAUCCCAAGCACAGGAACUACUGACGUUGGCUAAGGCACCAGAUUUGCUUGGUCGCACGUUUCAAGGAUGGAUGCCGUGGCUAUAG